UGGUAUGGAAGGAGCUUGACUAUGGCUCCCUGACAGAGGCUGAGAAACAAAUGCUUGUUUCGGAAGUGAAUUUGCUCCGCGAGCUGAGACACCCGAACAUCGUCCGGUAUUACGAUCGGAUCAUUGACAGAAGCAGCACAACCCUGUACAUCGUGAUGGAGUACUGUGACGGGGGUGACCUGGCUAGCUUAAUUGCCAGGUGCACAAAAGAAAGGUAUUACUUGGAAGAAAGCUUUGUUCUCAGAGUAUUGACUCAAUUGACAUUGGCCUUGAAGGAAUGUCACAGACGGAGUGAUGGUGGAGUCACUGUGCAUCGUGACCUAAAACCGGCAAAUGUCUUCCUAGAUGGCAAGCAGAAUGUGAAACUUGGAGAUUUUGGACUGGCUAGAAUAUUGCACCAUGACACCAGCUUUGCCAAAACAUUUGUUGGAACUCCAUAUUAUAUGUCUCCAGAACAAAUGAACCACAUGUCAUACAAUGAAAAAUCUGACAUCUGGUCUCUAGGAUGUCUCCUGUAUGAAUUAUGUGCACUCUCGCCUCCUUUUAGAGCUUACAACCAAAAGGAGUUGGCGGAAAAGAUAAGGGAAGGGAAGUUUAGACGAAUACCAUAUCGUUACUCAGAGCAGUUGAAUGAACUUCUCAAAGAGAUGCUGAAUGUAAAGGAUUAUUGCCGACCUUCUGUUGAAGAAAUUCUGCAGCACCCCUUGGUAGCAGACUUGGUGACAGAAGAACAAAGGCAAAAUUCUGAUAAAAGAGGCCGGAGAUCAUGGGAGCCAGAAAGGCUGCAGCAUUCAGAUGCUGCAGUGAAUGAACUGAAACGGAAGGAACAACAAUUACAGGAGCGAGAACAAGCCAUUAAAGAGAGAGAGCAGCGUUUGGAGCAGAGAGAACGGGAACUCUGCGUUCGAGAGAGACUGGCAGAGGACAAACUUGCUAGAGCUGAAAACUUGAUGAGGAACUACAAUCUCUACAAGCAGCAGAGGACAUUAGCUUGUGCAGAUGUUCCAGAUAAUGCACUCCUGCUCCCCUUUUCUACAACCAAGAAGAAAGUAUACUUUGAUGGAAGUGAAGAGAAUGCUGUGCCUCCUGUUAAUCUGGAAAACUAUCCCCUUUCCAAAGGGAAAUGCUCUGAUCUCAAAAAACGUCUAUAUGCUGCAAAUCUACGGGCUCAAGCACUGUCUGAACUGGAAAAAAACUAUCAAAUAAAGAGUAGACAAAUCUUGGGCAUGCGCUGAAACUGUAACAUAGAUGUACAGUAUUUAACUUUUUAGAAUUGAUUAAAUGUAUAGGAAGAUACUGUGCUUCCUCCUUUUAAGCUGGAACCUACUGAAAAUAUAUUUUUACAGUUGUUAUACAAACUCUUAGUCUAUGAUAGGUAGUUCAUGAUAAGGGCAUAAGAGAUUAUAUUAUGAAAACAGGUAGUUUUGAUACCAAAUCAAACAAGCUCUAUGAAUUGUAUUAUUAAAGA